AUGGCCACCACUGAGAUUCUUGUCGUUGGCGCCGGAGCUGUUGGUGCGCUCUAUGGGUCUAGACUUCAUGCCUCUCCCAUGGCCCGAGUCAGCUGCAUCUGCAGGUCAAACUAUGAAAUAGUCAAACGACAAGGCUUUACAAUCAAAUCUCCUUACUAUGGCGAAUAUAGCUUCAAACCAACUGGUGUCUACAAAUCGGUACAAGAAGCUGCAGAUGCCAAAACUUUUGACUUUGUGCUCGUGUCAACCAAAUCCCUGCCUGACUUUGAAAACAUGGCGGACAUAAUAGCUCCGGCUAUGAAAGUAAGCACAAAGACUGCUAUCGUGUUGCUACAGAACGGUGUGGGAGUAGAACAACCAUACCGCGUAGCGUUUCCAAAGAAUCCGAUUAUAAGUGCUGUUGAAUACGUAUCUGCUGCUCAAGAUAAUGGGGUAGUUCAGCACAACAAAUGGACGAGAAUCUGCCUUGGAAACUAUAGCGGUGUACGCCCAGAAGAUGCUGAUGAAGAACGAAAUGCUCGUGGAGUAACCAUGACAAAGAAGCUGGUGGAAAUCUUCCUCGCCGGCGGUGUACGAGACGCUGAAUUUUGGGAAGAGAUUGCUCUUGUUCGAUGGCACAAGGUGGCUCUGAACGCAGCUAUGAAUGCUUCAGCUGUCUUGACUGGAGGGUUGACGAAUGCCGAAAUGUCGAAGGAUCCUAUUGUGCGAGCGCAUUUGAAGGAUGUUAUGGAAGAGAUCAUGACUGCUGCACCACAAAUUAUCGGCAAGCCAUUUCCGAAACAAUUGGCUAGUGCAGAGGCUAUUCUCAAGUCAACGGAGAGGAAUGAAGCAAAGACUGAGAUGGCUGCGGUUAGUUUUGGUGAAUCACUCUUAAUUGACUUUCUAUCACGAAACUCAGGAUCCAAACCAAGUAUGCUUCUUGACUUUGAAGCAGGCAGAGCAUUGGAGAUUGAGACCAUCUUGGGAGAGCCCUGCAGGAUUGCACGGGCUCAUAAUCUACGAUUAUAUAAAACAGAAGCGAUAAUACAAGACUUGUUAAUAACGGGUGUUUUGCCAUGGCAACAUUCGUCUAACGGGGAAGUCCGAGUUUUAUUGUUGGGGGUCGUGGUUCAAUCACGGCGAGGGUUUGCUUCAAGUCUUCGACAAGAAUUACGCAACAAGAAGGCUGAAUUGAGCACUAUGGCGCGUCUAGUGGCCCGAACGGCACAGUCGCUAACGAACCUGGAUACUACAAGGGAACGCCAACUGUCAGAAACACGUCAGCCAAGUGUAUCAAGUGAAUUAUCAAACUCGCAAUUUUCAUACGAAAACCUGAAGAAUACUGCACUAGCCAACUCGGUCAGUCUUGGAAGUCUCACGCAGGGUGAUGAGCUAGUCAAAUCCGCUGGUAGCUUGACUGGAGCUUUACGUAGAAAAAACUCUAAUUCACCAUCUGACGAUACUGGAUUGAUGAGAUUUAAUCGAGCGAUCGGUGCUAGAAUGGCUCAUACUUUGGAUGCUGCAGCUCGCAAGAAGAAUGGUAGUGCAGAAUUCACGCCAAUGUUUGGAUACCAUUUGCAGGAUGCUGGGUCAAUGUCUAGUAGCUUUUCGGUCGAGAGUUUUGGAGGACAUACGAGGGCGGAUAGUCAGACAAAGAGUGCUCGGCCCGAGACUAUAGAUGCAUCAUAUGCUGAAGCUAUGUUGGAUGGCCGGCCAAUGGCUCCAAGUAAUCCUGCAUCGCCGCUGUCGCCAGACAUUAGUCCACGGACGUCAAUAACACGAAGGACUACCAGUGGAGCUAGAGGGAUUGCCAGGCUCCAAGGUAUAUACAUGGCCCGUGGCCCGUAUGGUGGUGGUGGUGGUGACUUUCACAUUGGCUCAUUCACAAAUUUAACUUCAAGAAAGACCUCGUCUAAAAAUCUGGACGACGACCUACCACCUGUGAAGGAAAAUAACAAGGCAUCUAAAUUUGAGGAUUUGCUCAGCUCGGGCGAGACGGCCAAAUUAUCGCUAACGCCCGCCGAAAUGAAGAGCAUAGAGGAACGUAAAAAGUCACCAAUACGGUUUAUACCAAAAGAAGCAACUGUAGCCCGAGAGCCCAUAUCAGACAGCGCGAGUCCAGCCGAUGAUUUUGACGCUUCUCCAAAGAAAAAGCAAGAAUCAUUAUGGGACUUUUUAAAGAAUUCAGACCCGGCAGAACUUUCUGGCAAACCAGCUCCAAAACCUUCACCUUUAUCACCAAAUGCGACACUGUCUAAAGAUGGAGUCAUCAAGUCACCAAAUUCUACAUCGCCCAAAGACGGAAUCACCAAGUCACCCAGUAAUACCACCAUACCGCAAAGCUUGAAAUCACCAAAACCCAGGCCCUUAUUAUCUGCCAGGAGCUUUGAAGCCCGAUCAGCUACUUCAUCGUCACCGGCAUUGAAUGAAGACGACGACGACGAUGACGAUUUGUUGCCAAAGAAGAACAAGAAAGAGUUGGCACGCAACCAGUCAUUAGCCGAAUUGCUAAAUAGUGAACCGCCAAAAGGAUGGAAUGAAAAGCCUGAAAAAGUCGUUGUUGUAGCAGAAAAGCCAACUAGGAGUGGACUACGGCUCUUCCCGAGCAGAAACAAGGUCGACUCGAAUUCAAGUUUGAACAAGACGAGUCCAAAUUCACCUGUCAAGUCUAUUCCUCUCCAACUACCACCAUAUUCCGAUCCUUACAACCCAAAUCGCCAUGACAGUCUUGCUACUAUAGCAUCGACUGCUGUACGAAGUGCCACCUUUGACAGUCAGAGUUCACAAAUGUCGAGAACGGAAUCUGGAUGGUCUGGAUCCGAGAAUCAGUCAACUCGAGAUUCUGUUAGCUCAAGGAAUCCAGCAGAGACAAUCCGUGCUUCAGUUGGUUCACGUCUCACUGAAUCCAAAUCGAUCAGUCAUAUGCCAAUGACAAGCCGGCAAUCUGAAUCUAUGGAUUUUGUUAAAACCAAUUCGCAGCUGUCUCUAGUGGAUAACCCCAUAGUAUCUAAGGAAUCGGUAGACACGAAUCGUCGCUCAGGAUCCAUAAUCGAGUCGCCUGUGGUUGAUACCACUCCUCAACCACCGCCACGAGUGUCUAGUGCAGCCAGACAGUCAGUAGCAGCCAGAGCGUCGACUGCAUCGAUGGGCCAAUCACGGCAAGCGUCAGAGUUUAGUACUGGCCCUGGAUCACCAACGAUAGGGAAAAGACGGCCAUCGUACGAGUCUUAUGCUGAACAAAAAUUUCUUUCGCUGACGACAGGACCAACGCUAGCCACCACACCUACAAUCCCAACACCUUCCGUAGUACACGAGAGGCCAACUCUCAACACUGCGUUUGCAGUAGAAACACAGACUCUGGAUGGUGUAUUAAAGAAACUUGUCGAAGCCGAUUCAGAUUUUGCUGAAGUGCUAUUUCCAUCACCAACGAGGCCUGCUUCCGAAUAUACCAGUAACUCUGCAUCACCAGGAUCCAUGAACAUUCCCUUCCUCAAGGCCUCUGCUGGUCCAAGGUCGAGCGUCUCAUCAGCCUUAGGACGAUCAGGAGCCGUCACAAGAAAUCGAAGGUCGAAUACCAACAAUGGACCUCCUAGUCCACUCCUCGAAGCAACAUUCCAAGCUGUGAUUGCUGAAGCUGCUGCAGUAGCAUCUCGUCGACCAGUCAGUAAACUCAACACGAAUCGAUCGUCAAGUGCUGCUGAAUUUAUUGUGCCUGAUGAGACUGGAAGUGUGUCUAGUGGAACAUCAAACAAGUCUGCAACCCAAUACGAUGGCUUUAUGGACAUACAUGAAGCUGGAUAUCUGCGAUACAUGAUAGGAUGGACGAGUAGCGAAUCCUCGUCGCAUCAUCAUCACCGACACCACCACAACCACGAUUCAGCAAGUAGUAACACGAGCUCACCAAUCCGUCGACACCGUCACGAAUCAAAUGCAUCAGCAUCGCCAAUGUCUUUCGAAGAUGCAUCCGGUAUAGAGACACGAGUGGACUCCAACUCGCACAAACGAGAAGUCAAUAGAGAAGCUGCUAACGAAGCCAGAUUUGAAAAGUUUGCUCGAUUGACGCUGUCAAAACUGAAUCAGCUACAAGAGGAAAAGAGGGUCUUGGAGGAACAGUUGGUUCAAUAUAGUCACGUAACAUCAGAGUCUUCAAGUUAG